AAUCCCCCCUCAUUCUUCUCUUCUGGAGACUAAACAAUCCCAGUUCCCUCAGCCUCUCCUCAUAAGUCAUGUGCUCCAGACCCCUAAUCAUUUUUGUUGCCCUCCGCUGGACUCUUUCCAAUUUUUCCACAUCCUUCUUGUAGUGUGGGGCCCAAAACUGGACACAGUAUUCCAGAUGAGGCCUCACCAAACUGAUGAUAACCCAUCAUUCCGGUAGGUAUAAACCUCUGCUUUGGCCUACAUGAGAUACAAAGCUGGGUGAAAGCGGCUGGCUCGGCACGGUGCGCCGGAACUCAGGGAAGGGUGAGUUUAGUUGACAGUAUCGCUGGAACUUGGUGACUCUCGAUGGCGGCAAGGCGUUAUGCCAUGGAAGCCGAUGCCUGACUUCCGUCCAGGCAAGCUGCAGGAGCUACCCUCACGAAGGAGGAACAGCAGCACGGCCACGCUGGGCCUGACCAAGAGUCCAGCAAGGACAGGAUCCUGCCAGCAGCCGGAGCCCGGGGCUGCAGAGGGAGUGACCAGAGCAGGGCAGCCAGGCUCAGGGACACCAGCCUGGGCCAGCUGUGUGACCUGUGCUGCGGGCGGGGCUCGCCUCUCCCCCUCCCGCCCAUCAUGGUCUUUGCACCGCCCCUCAGGGGGCGGGUCUCCAGUGCUGCCCCGCCCCCUGGCGCCGGGAGGGACGCCAAAGGCUGAUGAAGCGCGCCUGCGCCACCCUUUCCCCAGGCACCGUGUUGCAUUGUGGGGCGAGUAGUCCCUGCCAUUCUGCAAGCCGCAGGCGGCGGCGGCAGAAGAACUACACGUCCCAGCAUCCCCGGGGAGGGGGUUGUGGCGCCCCUCAAGCUGUUGCGCCUGCGCCUCGCUCAGUUCCCGGUGGCGCGGCGGCCAUGGCGUCGGGUUGCCGGAUCGGCCCGUCCAUCCUCAACAGCGACCUGGCGGCGUUGGGCGCCGAGUGCGGCCGCAUGCUGGACUCCGGGGCGGACUACCUGCACCUGGACGUGAUGGACGGGCACUUUGUUCCGAACAUCACAUUUGGACACCCUGUAGUAGAGAGCCUUCGAAAGCAGCUGGGUCAGGAUCCUUUCUUCGAUAUGCACAUGAUGGUUGCCAAGCCGGAGCAGUGGGUGAAACCAAUGGCUGUAGCAGGUGCAAACCAGUACACUUUUCACCUAGAGGCUACAGACAAUCCAGGGGCACUGAUUAAAGACAUUCGGGAAAAUGGGAUGAAGGUUGGCUUGGCCAUCAAACCUGGAACUGUAGUUGAAUAUUUAGCACCAUGGGCCAAUCAGAUAGACAUGGCUUUGGUGAUGACAGUAGAACCUGGAUUUGGAGGGCAGAAGUUCAUGGAAGACAUGAUGCCAAAGAUUCAGUGGCUGAGGACACAAUUUCCUUCCUUGGAUAUUGAAGUGGAUGGUGGUGUGGGGCCAGACACCAUCCAUAAAUGUGCAGAGGAUAGAACCAGAACUAAUCAAGGCUGCAGGAAAGCUGCAUACCCUUUUCUUAGUAGAGUAAUUUUUUUGAAGUCUGAACCUGUGCUGAUGAAAUCCAUGCGUGUUGCAAGUGGACAAUAGUUACCUACCUUUUCUAAUUUCACUAGUUAGAGUGUACUGGGAUUAUGUGGUGGUGGUCCAUAUUACACAGCUGGCUGGUUAACCUUC